AUGAGGUCAAAGGAAGGUUUGUUUCCUUCUCGGCACAUCUACUCAGCAUCAAGCAUCAAGACUGCAAAGAUGGCAUUUGUUCUUUACUCCUUGAUCCUCCUUUGUGGAAUCAGUGGACUUGUGUCUGCAUGCGUAAGGAGUUAUUGUCCAAAGGGAUGGACUCAACUGGACGACCACUGUUACAUUUUCGUCAAUCAGGAGAGAACUUUUAUAGAUGCCGAGCAAAUCUGCAUACUCAAAGGUGGGAAUCUGAUGUCUAUCCUCGACCGCAAAGAACAUGUAUUGGCAUUGGAGCUGAUUCAUGAAGCACUUGGAGUAACGACUUUCCGUGAUGACACCUGGAUUGGAGGCCAUGACGGCGUUGCGGAGGGCACAUUCAUUUGGACUGACGGCUCACCUUAUGACUUCACCAUGUUUGAAAACGGGCAGCCUGACAACUUUGGUUCGGCUGGUGAGGACUGUUUGGAGAUUGAUGGCGCCACAAAGGAAUGGAACGAUGACAAUUGCAAUGAUGAGAAUUUCUUCAUUUGCAUCAAGAAGGCCCACGAGCACUAA